GGAGAGCUGAUAUCGUCACAGGACCUGGCAGUGCGCAGGCUCUGAAUGAGCUGGGUUGGCUGCCUAUUGAUUGGAAAACAACGGGCUGUAGGAGGACAGAUAAGGGUGUCUGUGGGCUAACGGGUGAGGGUAGGGAUACAGACCAAAGCUCACACUACACUUCACCUCCCUGAAUUCUCCUCUCGCUCUGUUUUUUCACCCUGGAAUGAAUGCGACUGCUGCUGCUCAUCUCUGGGUUUUGCUGUGAAGGGAGGUGCCUGUUCUUCUUCUCUGAGAAGAUCCUGCCUACACACCACGCCAGGACAAAAACGGCUCCUCUAACCACAGGACUCAGACAUUAACUUGAUAGGGGACACUAUGGAAGCCCCUCUUGUGUGCUUAGAUGAGGAGUUUGAGGACCUCCGGCCCUGUAGGAUGGAUGAGAUGGACCAAAGCCUCAUCAACGACUCCUACUCCACCACCACCACCGUCCCCCUGGCCUCCAUCACCCGUGAGGAGUUCUCUGAACUGGAAAACUUCUCUGAGAUGAUGAGCUUCAAGUCAAUGGAGGACCUGGUAAAUGAGUUUGACGAGAAGCUCAAUGUGUGCUUCCACAAUUACAACACCAAGACGGAGGGCCUGGCGCCCAUACGCAACCAGUCACACAAUCAGGAGGACGAGGAGCAACUGCAAGAUGAAGAUGUGUGGGAUGCUCUAACUGACAACUACAUCGCCACCUGGGACGGCACCGACUCGGAAGGAAUCAACGGCAAUAUCUCUGACCAGGAGAUUCAUGAAAAAGAGGAGGAGGAGAUGAAUGAGAAGAACGACAAUGCCAACUGCCUGAAUGAAGAACCUCUUAUCACAGCAGAUCAGGUCAUUGAGGAGAUAGUUGAAAUGAUGGAGAAUUCUCCAGAUCCUGGUGAAACUGAGGAGGAUGAGGAGGAAGAGGUCAGUCACUCCUCCUCCAGGACCAAUCUGUCCCUGCUAGAAGAGAUCAGGCAGCUGUCACAGGCUUCAAACAACAACUGCUCCUAUGAAGGCCUGAGCCUGAUGCCCAGCUCAGCGCUUGUUGAGCUGCUGCACCGGGUGGAAGUCGCCAUCCGUGAGUACUCAGAGGAGCUCGUCAGCCAGUUGGCUCGUCGUGAUGAGCUGGAGUUUGAGAAAGAGGUGAAGAACACAUUCAUCACGGCACUAAUGGAGGUGCAGAACAGGCAGAAGGAGCAACGAGACAGCAGCAAACGCAGACGUCGGGACAAGGCCAUGAGCCUGCAGGGGGGAGGGACAGUGCCUGUGAAUGGAGGCAACGAUAGCUCCACAGGCCAGAAGACAGGGACCAUGCUUGUUAAGCGUUUCAGCAUGGAGGGAAUUUCCAACAUUCUACAAACAAGCAUCAGACAGACAUUUGGAAGCACAGGGAAUGACAAGCAGUACCUAAACACGGUUAUUCCAUAUGAGAAGAAAAGCACCCCUCCAUCUGUUGAUGACCUGCAGAUGCUCACAAAGAUACUCUAUGCCAUGAAGGAGGACAGUGAGAAGGUGCCUACACUGCUGACCGACUACAUCUUAAAAGUCCUGUGUCCUACCUAAAGCGCCACCAAGCCAGAGGCAGCAGUGUGAUGGAAACUUCCUUCUCCAAGGGCAUUUCUGACCUUACUUUCCUCUGGUUCAAGCUGCAUGACCUCCCCUCUUUUACCAUUACCAACUAUGGAUCCUCACCAUCAACAUUAUCAUAUUCACCUCAACUACAACUACUGCCUUUCGCUGAGCUCACUUCCUCCCUUCCCUGCGCAUCAAACUCAGGCCACAAAACGGUGACCAUCUGAAUAACAAGUGGAACAGCCGAUUCCCACUUUUAACAGACUUCACUUAUGGAGCAUGACAUAAUGACCAUAACACCACUUUGGUACAGUGAUAGCGUUAUUACUGCUUUCUUUUCCUUCAUUACUUUACUUUCUCUUGUUUUUAAUUCUAACAGAAUUUCAUUGAUUUUUGAAAUCAUAAAAUGACCUCUUAACCAGUGAUGGUUUUGUACAUUGAUUCUUUUCAUAAGGACUACACUGUCAGAAAAAUUAAACUACAUACUGCAUCCACACACGUCUUCGUAUGGUUUCUGAUUAAAAAAGUGAUUAAUCUGAAUACAAAAGCCAUGCACUUUUAUCUGCCAACUUAGCACUGUUACUCCGUGUACAGGAGCGGAAACAAUACUAUUACGGGUGCAGUGCAGUGAAUUACAAAGCUUUUUUUCUUUACUUUUUGCUUUUUGCUAAUUAUCCAGUGCUCUUCUGACUUAUUUCUAAUUUCUUUUUACGUGUAUCUAAAUAUUUGAUAUGGACUCUGUUUAUUUUGUACUUUUAUUUACUGUGUCAUCAGAGUGACAGGUAUCUGUGCAUUCAUCCCUAUCCAACUACAUGGAGAUAUAUCAGUGGAUAUCAUCCCCCGAUGAAAGAAGCUCAUUUCAACAGAGUUGUGCAUAUUAGCAUAUUUAUGACUUCCUUUGUGUCAUGUAGGUGAAUGUUACAUCGCUAAUUGCAAAUUCUAAUAAACAUUCUACCCCA